AUGAGCGUUUUCAUUUCCCGCGCUCUUGUGCUCGUCUUACUCACUUACGGGCGUCGCGCCCUUGGAAUGAUCCCCACCGGACCCAAUUCACGAGACGUCUUCACAGCCGGACAGAACUGCACGAUCCAGUGGACCACUACUGCUGGCCCUGCCUGGGACAGCUUCGACAUCGAUCUCAUGUCGGGUUCCAACACCAAUAUGACGCUCGUCACGAACGUCACCCGCGGCGUCAAUGCUACGAAUGGGAGCGCGAGCCCGUUCAACUGGAAUUGUCCUGAGGUUGAGCCGUACGCGAAGAUAUACUUCUAUCAAUUCACGUCGUCCUCCAACUCUUCCGAAAAGGAAUGGACUACGCGCUUCACGAUUCAGUCUCUGGACGGCCAAAGCGAGCCUCCCGCCCACGUCUCGCAAGGUUACGGGCAGUAUGGCACCGUACCGUGGGGAGACGGUCAUCUUGCCAACUUGAGCGCUAGCUCAAACACGUCAUCGGACGCCAGCUUCGACACGCUCUCGAGCCCUCCAAAGGAAGGCUCGUUCAUGAGGAAGUGCCGUGCCCACUACGACAAGUCUCCAGGGUCGGACCCAUCCGCGACCAUCGACUCACAACCGCAAUCGUCGAAGUCUGACGAAGCGUCCGCCUCUGUAACCAGCUUCGCGAUUGCACCCGAGGAGACUGAGGUGAUGUGCUCUGACUGUGGCGACGACUCUGCCAAGCGUGGGACGAUGUUAGCUUCUUCCGCGGAUGGCGGGUAUGACGAACAGCCGUGGGUGCGGAUGAGCAUCGGGUUUCUCUGUGCUGCAUUGAUUGUACUUGCUGUCUAA